AUGAGCGGUAAUAAUAACAAGAACAAGAACUUCAAAAAAGGUCCAACAAAGCAAAAUCAACAUCUACCGCAGUAUAUCAAAUCACAGCCAUGGUAUUACAAAGAUUCCAAGAAUACGACCGAGAAGAAGAACGACAAUGAAACGUCGACGAAAGAGGAAGAUUAUUUGAUUCAUCAUAGAAGUCAGAAGCAUGAGUUUGAUCAUAAUGAUGAACCAACGAUAGGUUCAGGUAUAUCAGAUGAAUUUAUUACUGUGCAAAGUCGGUUCAGAGAUAUGCAUAAUCGGAAUACGAAGCAUCAAGAAAAAUUACUCUAUUGUGAGAAUUGUGGUGCUAAAGAUCACUUAAGGAAAGAUUGUCUGGAAAGACCUAAGAAACUCAAAAAGACUGAAGUUAAAGGCAAUUAUAAUCAUCAGCAAAUUACUAGCACAAAUGGAGUGCUACCCACUGAGGCCAAGAUUAGGAAUGAAGAGCAAAUGGAUUGGGAUGCCAAAAAAGAUAGAUGGUUUGGUUACACAGGAAAAGAAUAUAAUGAACUAUUAGAAAAUUGGGAAACGAAAAAGAAAAACAAUACGCAAGAACCUACAGAUAAAGAAAAUGAGGAUGAUAUGUGGGAUACAGAUGAAGAGAUAGAACUAAUGCAAUUAGGGUUAUACAAAGAUUCUAUGGGUCAUUUGAAGAAAGAUGACGAGAAUAACUCGAACCUCAAGCAUAGAACUGCAGUUCGUCUGAGAGAAGAUAGAGCAGCUUAUUUAAAUGACAUUAAUUCUGGUGAAAUAAAAUAUGACCCUAAAUCAAGGAUAUAUAAGAACGAAGAGAUUGGUCUUGUAGAUGAAAAAUCUAAAAUGUUCCGUCGUUAUCUUACUGGUGAAGGUUUGGAAUUAAAUCAAUUAAACAGAUUUAGUAAACAGCACGCCAGGGAGGCCGGGAUUAGAGAUGAAGUAGAAGAUGCUAAUAAGAUUAAUCAUGUGUUAGUGGCUAAUCCAACUAAGUACGAACAACUAAUGAAAGAGAAAACAAAACAAAAUCUUGAGCAGGAGGAACUUCAAAGGAGGAAAGAAGAAGCUUUCAAAAAUAACUUACUGGAAGCCAGGAAGGCUGAAGGGACUGUUCAAUCUGAUGAAUCUAAAAAGGAAUUGAAGGAUUUAUAUGGUUGA